CUUUGGAUCUGCCCUGCUUCUGCGACUCACAUUGAAGAAUAUAUUUACUGAUGAUAAUCACUAUCAUCAUGUAUGAAUUCUGUAUAUGUUUUUUGGUUGGCUUAUAUCAAUGAAGUUGGAUUUUUUCUUGAGAAAAAUCCUAACUUUUCUGCAAUGUUGCUCGGACUCUUCAAAAGUAUCGACGGGUGCGUGUCGGACACUUCAAAAAUAGUGUAUUUUUGAAGAAUCCGACACGGGUGCGGCAACGAAAGUGAAGAGUCUGCGCAACUUAGCUUUUCUGACCUUCGGAGUUUUUGAGAUAAUCAGUGUCGAAAACGGUAGGUAGAUUAAAGAGCAAUCAAAGAAGAUAUGGAAGAUUGGGAGGAUGUACCAGUUCCAGAUCUUCUCAAAAAGGUGCAACCAAGGAGCAAGUGGGAUGAUGAAGAUGCGGAUGAUAAUGACGUAAAGGACUCCUGGGAAGAUGAAGAUGAACCUGCUCUGGCACCUAAACCAGAACUGCCUGUUGAGAAAGCCCCUAAAAAGCCUGCUGCCAAAUCCAUUGAAAAGAAAGGCAAGGAGGUUAAAGUUGAUACCAUGGAGGUGCCUCUAGAUCCAGUAGCUGAAAAACUUCGUCAACAAAGGCUUGUGGAAGAAGCUGAUUAUAGGUCCACAGCAGAAUUGUUUUCUAGGAAAGGUGGUGAUGAUAAGAUCCUAAAUAAUUUUAUUCCUAAGAGCAAGAGUGAUUUCUUGGAAUAUGCUGAACUAAUUUCUCAUAAGCUGCGGCCAUAUGAGAAAAGUUACCAUUACAUCGGACUGCUCAAGAAUGUUAUGAGACUGUCGAUGACUGUGUUGAAAGGGCAAGAUGCUAAAGAUAUUGCUUCUUCUGUUACUGCCAUGGCAAACGAGAAGAUUAAAGCUGAAAAGGAAGCCAAUGCGAGUAAAAAGAAGUCAGGUGCAAAGAAGAAGCAGAUUCAUGUUGAUAAGCCAGAUGAUGAAGCAGUAGUUAAUGCAUACGAUGGUUAUGACGAUUAUGAUUUCAUGUGAGGGAAACUUAGAAAAUCAUGCGAAUAGAACACCUCUUAACCACAAACCAUUAGACGAUCUUCAAUUUACAUGUGUAAAAAUGAGGAUCCCGCGGCCUGUCUUCUCUCUGAAUUCGUCAUUUUUGUGGUCAAGUAGGUUGGGCAAUUGUCGAUAAGUUAAUAGUGAGUAGGUUUAUAUUUCUCUUGUAUGAUGUGAAUGUCAGGACAGAGCAGAUCAGCAUUCUCUUGUAAUGUGGCUGUCAAACUGGAAGAUUCAGUAUUCGUAUUUAUGAUGUGACUUCAGAUUUUGAAUCUACAGAUUUUAUUUUAUCUUUGAUAA